ACGUUAUGAAAAUGUCACAUCAAUAUUUAUUUAAAUAUUUUAUAUUGAUUGUUGUUUUUGUCGAUAUUAAAAUUGCUCUUGCUGAUGAUGAUGAUGACGGGUGUGUGAUAAGCUUCAGUGAUGUGGUGGAAGAGUGCGACGGCUUCAACAAUCAGUUUGCAAAAUUGAAAUCCAUGUCCUUAGGAUAUUCUCACAAUAAUGGAAGUGGAGUCAGCCUAUCUGGCACAAUAAGUUUGUUCGACGAAAUUGAUGACGGAUAUCAGUUAGAGUUACAAAUAGCAAAAGUGUCAGGAUCAUCGUGUAAUGAUAUUAUGUGGAUAGCAGCCAGUAAUAUUUGUGCUAGUUUGAAGGAGGAAGACAUGCCAUGGUACGAACUAGUAAAGAAUUUGAACCUAAAAGAAUGUCCAAUUGCUAAGGCUGACUAUCCCAUGGAGAAUCUACUUAUAGAAGGUGGCUCGGCAUCGGACUUCUGUACCCCCGAAAUGGUUGGUGAAUAUUGCGUACAGUUAUCGAUCACAGACAGCAUGAACAAGCAAGUAGUAUGUUACACUUCAUACAUCAGUGUAGAGGGCGACAAUAAAUAACUUCAAAUUAUUUAUAAAAUCAAAUAACUUUAACUAUCAAAAUCAUUCUAUCAAUAUUUUAAAAUCUGACUUCAUUGUUAUAUAAUUGUAAUACGAUAUAAUUGUUAAAUUUAUAAACUUACUUAAACUUAA